AUGCGUCGUUUUGUUCCCAUUGUGAGCGGCGGCAGCAGCCUUUUGCUUCGUUUUGUUGCAUCCGCCGCUGUCAUGCGCAAAGUUCCGCUGGCAAAGUCUUCAGCGAAGUUAGGCACGCCUGUGACGAAGGAGGAGGUGUCGCAGGUGUUUAAUGUUCCUGCUGCCAUCCUCGAGCAGCUGCACAGGCCGGCGGAGAUUCUUUUCACGGAGGUUGACCUCGCACGCGUGCGUUUCGCCCCGUUGAUUGCCACGUUGGGCGCGGAGGAGGACGUCACAAAGAUUGAGGCAGAAGUGAAAACGGCGAAGGCUGCUGCUGCUGCUGCCGCGCGUACGCCUGUUGCCGGCGCAAAGGAGAAGUUUAAAAACACCGCGUGGAAAAGCGUCACGGAACUCGUGACGUUUUAUGAGGAGGUUAUGCUGCCCGCUCGCCUAGCGCACCAGGAGUACACCGUUUAUGAGCUGAAGAGCUUUCAUAUCAAAGACGACCUGAAGCGUGGCCUCUCCGCCUUCAAGCAGGAUCACCUUGACAAGCAGAAGGCGGAGCUUGCAAAGGUGCAGAAGCAAAUGCAGGAGUGCCAGGAGUUCAUUAAAGGUAUUGGUAAGACUGCCUUUGAUACCGCCAUUUUCAAUGACCUGGCGAAUAUUCUUCGUGUGUGCGGUGAAUGCAAUCCGUAUGCCCACCGCCUGUCAAUGCGGGUUCUGGAGGACAUGAACCUUCUUGGAGUCCCUUUCAAUGACGUGACAACGAAGCUGCUGCAUGCCAUCGUAUUUAACGACGGUGCCCUCGAUGACUCGGCGCUCAUGUUUACCCUGGUGGAGUACCCUGAGCGUGGUGAGGUGAGUGUGAGCAGGGAGCCUGUGGAUAGGAUAGCGGAUAGUGCGCUUAAGAUUAUCAGUGUGCGCCAUCAGACGCCCUUGGACGACGGAGUGAAGCUGCGCCAGGGUGAUACGCAGCCAUGCCUGCAGCGCUCUGCGGAGUAA